AAUCCUCGAAACACUUCCCGUAGUACCCAUCGCUAGCUGACUCAACGCAUAUACCAUUACACGCAGCCUUUGACCACUUAGACUGUGCAUUGUAACAACGCGCCGUGAUGUAAAUCCUAAUAUGAGAGGGUGAGACUACGCCGUGCGUGUCAUUUGGUCUCAGCCGAGGAUGAGAGAAGGUUGCCUGCUCCUACUCCGGAGGAUAGGAUGAUACUCAAGAUGAUGCAGUGGAUGUGGCUGAUAAUAGUCUGUAUUGCUCAUCUCCAAGAUGCUUCCACUGAUAAUGACACGACAACUGAAGUUGUGCCAGCGUCAGAAUACUAUGUGGAAUUACAGACUGACGUCGUAGGCAACGACACCGAGGCUGUAUACGUCACAGCAGAAUCUGAUGACGUCGACACAAGUGUUCACGAUGUUACAACAUCUGGAGCGCCCUCUCUGUCCACUUUGGUGCAUGUGGAGCACACACUGAUUAACGACACACAGUCGGGAAAUAAAACACUGGUACUGGUGAAAGAUAACGACAGCAAGAGCCAAGAAAAAUCCACUGGACUUGAGAGCUCGAAAAAUGAAUCAACCGAUCUUUCUGGUUAUACUUUAACAAUAGAACCACUAACGACUUUACAAACUGAGAUAGUUACAAGUUAUGCCACAGAAACUGAACUGCAGACAGUUAACACACACCAAGAAGAGCUUAUUUCAACUCUUGAAUCUGUAACCACCACAUUACAUCCGUCAUCUUCAGUGACACCAAUUAGCAAAACAUUAGACUCGUCAGUAGUGACUUCACCAAGUACGAAUUCGAGCACCGCAGGUGCUAAUGGGAGAGGUGAUGUCACGGAGGACUUGGUGGCUAGUCUAGUGUCCAAUACAAACUCAAGCUCUUACAGAGCAGCAACAAUUACCUCAACCUCGUCAGUGCCUAAGGACAGUCUUCUCACGACGCCCUCUACGUCGACCAUAACCUACCCCACAUCGACCCAAACACCUCCAACAACAGAGAGAUUAACUUGGACAGAAAAAACCUCGCCAACUGAGGUUAAGACUGUUAAAACCUAUGAAACAGUUUCGAAGGAAUACGAGAUUCGGACAACGGCUGACCUUCCUGUGAAACAUGCAACACCUGAAUUAUUUGAGGAAUCUCCCCCUGGGGCUUCAACCUUGCAAGUAACGGAGGAAGUAACUGAUGAAGAUGGAUAUGACGAGGAAUACAGCGACAGCGUCGAGACCGAAUACGAGCGGUCUCUGAGAACCAGACGAGUCAUCAAUCACGCUGCAUUAUGGAUUACCAUAGGCUUUGUAGUCGUCUUGGUGUCGUACAUCACAGCUCUUGUCAUAUACAACAGAACAAGACCUGACUGGCAAGACUCACUCCGUCCUUAUUCACGAUUCGAGAAUGAGCCUGAAAAUCUGCCAGAGUACGACGACAACAACAUGGAGUACGACAACUAUGGUGUCACAGAUGAUUUCCCACAGCACGAGAAUCGGCGAGACUUCUCUCAGUCCGUGGAUCCGCGAGAUUUCCCACCAUGUGACGGAGGAGAGCAGGAAUAUUUACUCUACGAAGACCCAACGUACAUUGAUCAAGCAACAUGUACAGAUUUUUCGUAUCAUGACGAGUGCUAGUAUUCGCCCCUCCCCCCAUUAAUCCCGUGCCCCUCCCCUCGCCCCUUCUUCCUUUCAUACGUGACAUCCUUCAAAAUACCCCCCCCCCUGUCUGUUACCGCGUUUAAGCUAUGUAAAGUUUGUAUAAAAACUAAAUAGUUGAAAGGUGUUCAUACAGGAUUGGUAAGGGGAAAAAACCUGAAAGUUUACAUGCAGAAAUUGAGCAUGGUUUUUACUAUUUCUCCUGAUUUCACACAAAAGAUUAAGCCCAAAUUUACACAUUAUGUCAUUGUAUUUCAAAACAUGAACACUGUCUGUGACUAGUGCGUGAGCUCCACAAAUACUGUAUAAUACCUUUAAAGUAGAAAUUAUUUUGCUAAGCAACUGCCGAUGCUUUAUUUUAUAAACCGCAGUAAGAGAUUAACUAUAUUAUAGCAAAACUACAUUUUAAAACGAAAAUUACUAUCACAUCUACAACAAUCUAUUUGCAAACACUUGGUGUGGCUAAUCUCAUUAUGUGCACGCAGUUAAUUUGUCACAAUCUUAAAUAUUGUUGUUAGCAUAUGAAUGUUUUUAUGAUUUUGCGCCUCCUUAUUUGACAGAGCUGUUAACAUUGUACACACCUUCUAGAAAUCUUCGUUCUAAUAAGAAAAAGUUGUUUGUUAUUCCACCAGUGAAGACCAAAUCAUAUGGUGAACGCAGCUUCGUUCACACAGCCUCAACCUUAUGGAACAAUCUCCCGGAACACAUAACAAACAUUGAUUCCAUUAUUAGGUUUGAGAUUGCUUUAAAGACG